UAUUCGCAGUCGAGAUCACGCGCUGACACUCGCUUAUAUUACUGUAGCUGCUAUUCUUUUACUCUCCCACUACGAAUUCAUUUGCUUCGAAAAUUGAGAAAGUGAGAGAGAGAAUCAGUGAUGAGAGAAGAGGUUAUCAGCUCCGGCGGUACUGUUGAUCCCACACCUGCCGCCAGUUCGGCUGGGGCAUCCUCCCCAACUGUUCCAAUGAAUGUUGGCAGCAUAGAUGGGUCAAAUCAUGGGCAGGGCUCUAAAGCUGCUUCUAUAUCAUGUGUUGGUUCGCAACCACCCUGGACUUCUGUGAGCACAAGCGUCGGUGGUUCUACUUUUGGUUCCUCAAAAGCUUCAUGUAGGCCCUGGGAAAGGGGAGAUUUAUUAAGGCGUUUGGCUACUUUUGCUCCUUUAAAUUGGCUUAGCAAGCCUCAGAUCAUCAGUUCAUUGGCUUGUGCUCAGAAAGGUUGGACAAAUAUUGGUGAGGACAAAAUUGCGUGCGAGUCAUGCGGUGCCUACCUGAAUUUCUCAGCAUUGUUAUCUUGGACAAAUGCCCAAGCUCAAGAUGCCAGUGAAUCCUUUGCCAGGCAGCUGGAUUCAGGGCAUAAAGCUCAUUGUCCUUGGAAAGGAAACAGCUGUCCAGAAAGUCUAGUGCAGUUCCCUCCGACUUCUCAAUCUGCCCUAGUUGGCGGCUACAAGGAUAGAUGUGAUGGACUCAUGCAAUUUCACUAUCUUCCUGUGGUUGCAAUCUCUGCAAUUGAGUUGAUGAGUGUUACUCGAGGCCCACAGAUUGAACGCUUUCUAUCAGAGUCUCAAAACUUUAUGUCAGGAGUAGACUUUAAGCCUGAUAAUAUAUCAGGGCUGGAAAGCUCUAAGGAUGAGGCAUACUGCUCAUUUACCCGUGCACAGAAGCUCAUAAGCCUUUGUGGAUGGGAACCAAGAUGGCUCUUAAAUGUUCAAGAUUGUGAAGAACACUCUGCUCAAUCUGAAAGAAAUGGCAAUUCUUUUGGUCCAAGAAAGACUCAACUCCGUCUUACUCAAGAUCCAGGAUCAAAAGCAGUUUCUACUUCUACUAAAAUGGAUUCCAGGAAGGGAAAAGCAUCUCUUAAGGAGUCUAGACUUGACUACAGGUCACCUAUGCUUGAUUGUAGCUUAUGUGGUGCUACAGUUAGAAUUUUGGAUUUUCUGACUGUUCCUCGCCCGAGUCGUCUUGCACCCAACAAUAUAGAUAACCCUGAUACCAGUAAAAAGAUAGGAUUAACUCGUGGAGGAAGUGCAGCUAGUGGAAUCAAUGGUUGGAUUGCAGCUGAUGAUGCAGAGAAAGAUCAGGCUGAAGAUCGUGAUGAAGUUGCAACAACAAAUGAGGGGAAAGCAUUGGCAAACACAGAUUUGGAUUUAAACCUUACUAUGGCUGGAGGUUUUCAUUGUCCCCCUUUUGGCAGGACAGCAACAUCUGAAAAUAUUUAUGAUGUAGACAUGGGAAGAGAUUUAAUGAUUGGUCAACCUUCAGGGAGUGAGAUUGGUGAUCGUGCAGCUUCAUAUGAAUCACGAGGGCCAAGUUCUCGUAAGAGAAAUCUUGAAAAAGGUGGAAGCUCAGAUAACAGGCCAGCUCUUAGGUUGCAGCAUCAGGCUGAUAGUGUUGAAGGAACUGUCAUUGACCGUGAUGGUGAUGAAGUUACUGAUGGUGGACAAUAUUCAGCCGGUCCUUCCAAACGUGCACGUGACUCUGAUUUUUUUGACACUUAUUGUUCACCUCAUCAAAGAGAUUCAUCCGGUGCUGGUCCUAGCCAUUCAUUGGGUUUUGAGGGUUAUGUUGCUGGCAAUCGAGUUUCUUCAUUCCAUCAAGGUAGUGAUCGCUUAAUAGGAAUCCAAACUACUAGAGACUCAAACCGUGCAUCAUCUGUCAUUGCAAUGGACACAAUAUAUCAUAGUAUAAAUGAUGAUUCCAUGGAAAGUGUUGAAAACUACCCAGGAGACCUUGAUGAUGUCCAUUUUCCCUCCUCUAGCACCUAUGGCAAUGUUGACAUGAAUGAAACAUCUGAGCUGAAUAAUAGCAUUCAAGCUCAGCAAAGCACGUGUUUACAAACAGCAACUGAAGUUGUCCCUGGUGAAGUGGGAGUCAGCAGUACAAACUACGGGGAUGGAAUUUUUAAUGCAGAAACUGUGACUGCUCAUGCCCGAGAUGGAUUUAGUCUUGGCAUUAGUGGAGGGAGUGUUGGAAUGUGUGCUAGUCAUGAAGCUGAAAUCCAUGGGGCAGAUAUAUCUGUACACAGAACACAUAGUGUUGUUGGUGAAAUGGAACAAAGAGUAGAAGAUGCUGAAAACCAGGGACAGACUGGUGAAUCUGUUCCAAAUCCAGGUCUAAUGGAUGAGAUCAUCCCAGGUGAUAUAAACAGAGACUAUCCUGUUGGUGAUAGCCAGGAGAUGAUGUCUCACUCUGCAGGAAGGGCAGACAGUGGGUCAAAAAUUGGUUGUUCUGCCAAGGCAGAAUCUGUUGAAAGUGGUGAAAAGAUUAGUCAAAGCUGCAAACUUCCUCCUGCUUAUAACAGUCGUCCAUCCCAAUCUUGCAAUGCUAUUAUUCAUUCAGACUGUGGAAAUACUAAGGAAGAGAUCAUGAAGGAUGGUAAAUCAUCAUUCAGCAAUAAUUGUGCUCUAGUUGAAUCAGAUUUUGGCAAUGCCAACCGGAUAGGUCCCCCAAAAGGAGAAAGUAACUACGAAGAAGCUGUAGAAUUUGAUCCUAUUGUCCAUCACAACCAGUGUUGCCCUUGGGUAAACGGCAAUGUUGCUGCUGCUGGCUGUGCUAGUUCUGUUCCAAGCACUAGUAGUGAUACCAUUGCACUCUGCGGCUGGCAGUUGACUUUAGAUGCUUUGCAAUCACUAGGGAAUGUAAUUCCGACAGUACAGUCUGAGUCUGCUGCAUCUUUGUACAAGAAUGAUCAGCAAGCACCUCGUAAAAAACUUCUACACAACCACUCCAUGAGCAAAAGUCAUGGUCAACCCUGAGAUUUUGUUUCAAGUAUUUGGUGUUUCCAUUUCCUUGAUUCUAGGUAUAUUUAUUUGAACUACAUAAGGUAUUUCUAGGCGAAUUUCAAAGCCACGGUGUUUGUAAGGUUGUAGCAGACAUGUUGCUUUGAACCUCCCUCUGCAGAGCAUAGAGAUUUCUCUCCCAUAAAUCUAUAUAAGACUAGAGAGUUAUUAUCAAAUAACUAUUUGCUUCAAAGACUUGUAAAUACUGAAUGUCAUUGUUUUUAAUUAUAGAGUUGCGUUAGGCUGUUGACCAUUUUUUAAUUUAUGCGACAAAAGGUCACUGAAAAUUAUAUAUAUUUCCUUUAGAUAAAAAAAAGCUGUACAUUUUACUGCAGAGCAGGUUAAGAGGGUGUGGAUUAUCUCUUUCACUUAUUUACAGGUUGUGAUUAUGAAGCUGGUUAAGAAAAAAUAUAUAUUCUUUCUUAAAUCUUAUGAAGCUGGUUAAAAGCGCUGUACAUUUUACCUUGGAGCAGGUUAAGAAGCUGGACAUUAUAUUCUUUCUUACUGUUGUGAUUAUGAAAAAAAACUAUGACGCAAAAUGGGCAUUUCUAGGCUUAUAAACUGUAUAUGCCAUUAAAAAAGAAUAAGCUGAAGUAAAUGGACGUUUCUAGGCAUGUGAAUCCUGUAAAUGCCAUUGAAAAGAAUAAACGGAAGCUCUUUGGAGAAGACUCGAUCAAAUUAACACUACUUGCCAAAUCAUCUACAAAAGUUGUUUAGUACAGUGCACUAAAGCGGGUAUGCUUCUAUAAAAUUUAUUUUUCCUUAUCAUCAUGUCAACCAAAAUUUUAGAAUAACUUUUGAUUUGAAGACAUGAUUCCUACUCGACGAGCAAGGUUUGAUUCCAUAUGAAUCAAUAACUACAAGCUGCCUUUCUGUAUGCAGAGAUCACAAACUCUCAAGCUUUCCCCGAAUAGGCUAGACUUAAA